UUUCAAGAAGAUCACUGAUAUUAUUAAAACAUAGCAAGGUCACAUUUACUGUAUCUGAAUCAUUAUGUAUCUCCACUCGCGUCGUCAAUGCCAGAAAUAUUACGUUUUACUUACCGCCCUCCAGAAGCAUUCCAAGGACUACCCGCUCUUCUGCGAGGAGGAAGCUCUGGAGUCGUGGACGGCCUCCGAGAACUCGCAUUACCACCCUCCGUUCCAAGGUUGAGCUCAAAAUCCAAUUUCCUAGCCAUUUCCCUGUCCAUCUCCUCCAUCUGCCUCCUACGCUCCUCCUCAUGCGCCUGCUCACGACGGGCAAGCUCACUGUCCAAUUCUUCUUGCCGUCGCCGUUCCUCAGCAGCCCUGUACUCUCGCUCGCUUUCUUCCUGUGCACGCCGUGCAAAGGCAAGAUCUGCUUCUUCCUGCCUGCGACGCUCGGCUUCUUCCGCUUCAAAUUGAGCACGAGCAAAAGCAGCGUCCGCAGCCUCCUGAUCAGCGCGCGCCUUGAUGCGAGCAAGCUCAGCUUGCCACCUCCGUUCAGCCUCUUCUUCUUCUGCACGCUUUCGACGAGCCUCUUCUUCCCGUUUGUGACGGGCCUCUUCUUCUUGUUUGCGACGAAUCUCUUCUUCUGCACGCUUCCGACGAGCCUCCUCUUCCUGUUUGCGACGAAUCUCUUCUUCCCUUUUGCGACGUGCUUCCUCCUCUCGCCUGUUCCGCUCCUCUUCAUGCCUCCGACGCGAUUCCUCUUCACGCUUCUGACGCUCCUCUUCGUCCCUUCGACGCGCAUCCUCCUCGCGUCUUAUCCGGUCCUCUUCUUCUUGUUUACGUCUGGCUUCUUCUGCCUUGCGCACUUCUUCCUGGACUCUCCUACGUUCCUCCUCUCGUUUGAGUCUUUCUUCUUCCUCCCGUUUGACUCUCUCUUCCUCCUCCCGUUUGACUUUCUCUUCCUCCUCCCGUCGCCGUCGUUCUUCCUCCUCUAGUUUCAGUCUCUCUUCCUGUUGUUGUUUCAGUUUCUCUUCCUCUUCUCGUCGCCGUUGUUCUUCC